AUGGCUCUGGUCCAAAAGUAUGGAAAACCUGAUCUUUUCCUUACGAUGACCUGCAAUCCAGAUUGGCCUGAAAUUAAAGCUGAGUUGCUACCUGGACAGUCACCACAUGAUCGUCCUGAUUUGCUAACAAGAAUAUUUCAUUCAAAAUUUGAUGAGAUGAAGACCGACAUUCUUACAAAACAUGUACUCGGGAAGGUUCUGGCAUAUGCAUAUGUUAUUGAGUACCAGAAAAGAGGCUUACCACAUGCCCACAUGGUCAUUAUUUUGGAUGAAAAUGAUAAGUUACGCACUCCUAACGAUUAUGAUAACAUUGUCAGAGCUGAAAUUCCAGACAAGAGAUUAGAGCCUAGAUUAUACAGUGCAGUUCUGAAACACAUGAUACAUGGCCCAUGUGGAAUGUACAAUGAACGGUCCCCGUGUAUGACAAAUGGUCGAUGCAAAAGACGUUUCCCAAAGCCAUUUUGUUCAAUUACUACACUUGGAAACGAUUCAUAUCCUAUUUAUCGAAGAAGAGAAGGGGAGUCAGUUCCUGUAGAGAGUAAUCCAAGCGUCUUGGUGGAUAAUAGUUGGGUCAUUCCAUACAACCCAUGGUUGCUCUUGAAAUAUGAUUGUCAUAUCAAUCUUGAAAUUUGCAGUAGUGUUACAAGCGUGAAGUAUUUAUACAAAUAUGUUUAUAAAGGGCCUGACCGUGUUGCACUAGAGGUUCGUCAAGGUCCUAAUUAUAACGAAGUACAACAGUUCAUAGAUGGAAGAUGGGUUUGUGCUCCAGAAGCAUUGUGGAAAAUAUUCAAAUUCUCAAUGACCAAAAUGACUCCUAGCGUAGAACGCCUCCAAAUACACUUACCAAAUAAGCAGCAAGUGAGGUUUUAUACGUUCCAAGACAUCACAAAUGUUUUAGGCGAUGAGUAUUAUUCCAGAACAAUGCUUACCCAAUUCUUUCAAUUAAAUGUUGAUGAUGAAACUGGAAAUCGAUACUUAUAUCGAGAGAUACCACAACACUAUAGAUGGUGUAAUAGCGCAAAGAUUUGGCAGUUAAGAUUGAACCAUCAAAGAGUAAUUGGUAGAAUUUACACAGUUUCGCCAUCAGAAGGGGAGAGAUUUUACUUGAGAAUUUUACUCAAUCAUAUUCGAGGACCAAAAUCAUUCGAUCAUUUGUUAAUGGUUAAUGGAAUUGCGUACCCAACUUUUAAACAAGCAGCUAAACAUCAUGGUUUGUUAGAGCAUGAUGAUAGCAUACGACAAUGUUUGUUAGAAGCUGCAACCAUGCACAUGCCAUCGGCUUUAAGGAGAUUGUUCGUUACAAUUUUGGUUUACUGUGUGCCAACAGGGGUGCGAAGUUUGUGGGAUGAAAUUUAUCCUUACUUGAUUGAAGAUUACAUAUCUUCAAACAGUAUGAAUAAUAUGUAUAUCCUUAACAAAACCCUGCAAGAUAUAAACUGUCUCCUACUACAGCAUAAUAAGAACAUAUCAGAAUACGAUUUGCCUGAGAUGACAAUGAAUUUGGGUGAUAAUUCAACAGUUCCAAAGGUCAUACAAGAUGAGUUUUCCAUUGUAACUCCUCAAGAAGACUUAAAUUCUAUUGCCACAUUAAAUAGUGAUCAACACUUAGCAUUCAAUUCAAUCAUGGAGGCUGUGGAAUGCAAUACUGGCGCAAUCUUCUUUGUGGAUGGCCCAGGUGGAACUGGAAAGACAUAUUUAUAUCGUGCACUAUUGGCCUCAGUGAGAAGUCAAGGGAGAAUUGCCAUUGCAACAGCAACUUCUGGAAUUGCAGCUACACUUUUACCUGGUGGAAGGACAGCCCAUUCAAGAUUCAAGAUCCCCUUAAAUCCAGAGGCUUCGUCUGUUCCAUUACUAAACAAUCAGAUUUGGCAGAACUGA